AUGGUUUGUUUACUGAAGACGGCAAGUCCAGCGAGGGAGGAGAACGUAGCCACCUUUCGCGGCUCCGAGUACUUCUGCUACGACCUGUCCCAGAACCCCAUCCAGAGCAGUAGCGACGAGAUCACGUUGUCCUUCAAGACCUGGCAACGCAACGGCCUCCUGUUGCACACGGGCAAAUCGGCCGACUACGUCAACCUGGCGCUCAAAGACGGAGCCGUGUCUCUGGUCAUCAACCUCGGAUCCGGAGCGUUCGAAGCCAUAGUGGAACCGGUCAACGGGAAAUUCAAUGACAACUCCUGGCACGACAUCAAAGUGACUCGCAAUCUCCGACAGGUAACAAUCUCAGUGGAUGGUAUCCUCACGACCACCGGUUACACCCAGGAAGACUACACCAUGCUGGGCUCGGACGAUUUCUUCUACGUGGGUGGGAGCCCCAGCACAGCAGACUUGCCCGGAUCUCCAGUCAGCAACAACUUCAUGGGCUGCCUGAGAGAGGUGGUGUACAAGAACAACGACAUCCGCCUGGAGCUGUCUCGCUUGGCCCGCAUCGUCGACCCAAAGAUGAAGCUCCAAGGCGACAUUGUGUUUAAGUGUGAGAAUGUUCCCACGCUGGACCCCAUCAGCUUCGAGAGCCCGGAGUCCUCUCUGUCUCUGCCCAAGUGGAACACCAAGAGGGUCGGCUCCAUCUCUUUCGACUUCCGCACCUCCGAACCCAACGGCCUCAUUCUCUUCACCCAGGGCAAGGCUCAGGACAGACGGGACGCCAAAGGACAGAAGAACACCAAGGUGGACUUCUUCGCCGUGGAGAUGCUGGACGGAGGCUUGUAUCUUCUGCUUGACAUGGGUUCUGGGACCAUCAAAGUCAAAGCUACGCAGGCCAAAGUCAAUGAUGGGAACUGGCAUCAUGUGGACAUCCAGAGAGAUGGGCGAUCAGGCAUUAUUUCUGUAAACAGCCGACGCACGCCCUUCACGGCGUCCGGAGAGAACGAGAUCUUGGACCUGGAGGGGGAUCUUUAUCUGGGCGGUCUACCUGAUAACCGCGUGGGCCUCGUGCUCCCGACUGAGCUGUGGACCGCCAUGCUUAACUACGGCUACGUGGGAUGCAUCCGGGAUCUCUUCAUUGACGGGCGCAGCAAGGACAUCCGCCAGAUCGCUCAGGCCCAGAACGUGACGGGCAUCAAGGCCACGUGCACCAAACACAGCGGCAAACUCUGUGACAGUACCCCCUGCAAGAACAACGGGCAGUGUAAAGAAGGCUGGAACCGCUACGUGUGUGACUGCACCGGCACGGGCUUCUGGGACAGCACUUGUGAGAAAGAGUCGUCCACUCUGUCCUUCGACGGCAGCAUGUACAUGAAAGUGGUGAUCCCUCAUGUGAUGCACACCGAGGCGGAGGACGUCUCCCUGCGCUUCACGUCCCAGAGAGCCUUUGGUCUGCUAGUGGCCGCUACAUCCAGGGAAUCUGCCGACACUCUGCGGCUGGAGCUGGACAGCGGGCGUGUCAAACUCACCGUCAACCUCGACUGUGUCAGGAUAAACUGUAACUCCAGCAAAGGCCCUGAGGUGCUCUAUGCGGGCCAGAAACUCAACGAUAACGAGUGGCACUCUGUGAGGGUGCUGCGGCGCGGAAAGCACUUCAAACUCACCGUGGACGACGACAUGUCCGAAGGUCAAAUGGCGGGCGAUCACACUCGCCUGGAGUUCAACAACGUGGAGUUGGGAAUCCUGACAGAGAAGCGCUUUGUGUCUACUACUCCUUCUCCUUUCAUCGGACACCUGCAGAGCCUGAAGUUCAACGGUAUGCAGUACAUCGACAUGUGCAAAAACGGAGACAUCGACUUCUGUGAACUGAACGCGCGGUUCGGGGUGCGCUCCAUCAUCGCUGACCCCGUGACUUUUAAGACCAAGGGCAGUUACCUGGGACUGGCCACGCUGCAGGCCUACACCACCAUGCACCUGUUCUUCCAGUUCAAAACCACCUCCUCCGACGGAUUCAUCAUCUUCAACAGCGGAGACGGGAACGACUUCAUCGCUGUGGAGCUGGUCAAAGGAUUCAUCCACUAUGUCUUUGACCUGGGCAACGGGCCGAGUCUGCUGAAGGGCAACAGCGACAACCCCCUGAAUGAUAACCAGUGGCACAAUGUGGUCAUCACCCGGGACGCUUCAAACACGCACACGCUCAAGGUGGACGCCAAGUCUGUCACGCAGAACGUCAAUGGGGCCAAGAACCUGGACCUCAAAGGCGACCUGUUCAUUGGCGGCCUCGGACCCAACAUGUACCACAACCUGCCCAAGCUGGUGGUGUCCAGGGAGGGGUUCCAGGGCUGUUUGGCUUCGGUCGACCUGAACGGAAGACUGCCGGAUCUCAUCAACGACGCCCUGUUCCGGAGCGGGCAGAUUGAGAGGGGCUGUGAAGUUGGUUUCACCAAAGCCGACCUUCAAGGCCCCAGUACGACGUGCCAGGACGACUCUUGUGCCAACAUGGGCGUGUGCAUCCAACACUGGGAGAACUUCACCUGCGACUGCACCAUGACCUCCUACAGCGGCACGCACUGCAACGACCGUGAGUAA